AGGGCACAACGCUCGCUCACUCGUUCUUUCACUCCUGCUCGUGUUCGAGCUCUCUUCCCUCCGUCUUGUGCUCCUAAUCUGUCGAGUCCAAUUUGCUCGCCGUAGAGGCUCAGCAGGCAAAGUUUUUGCGCCAUGUUGAUCCCAAAGAAGAAUCGUGUCGAGGUGUACAAGUUUUUGUUCAAGGAGGGAGUCUUGUACGCGAAAAAGGACUUCAACGCCCCCAAGCACCCCGAGAUCGAUGUCCCGAAUCUGCAGGUUAUCAAGCUGAUGCAGUCCUUCAAGUCGAAGGAAUACGUUAGGGAGUCGUUCGCAUGGAGGCACUACUACUGGUACUUGACCAACGACGGUAUUGAGCAUUUGAGGACCUACCUUAACUUGCCAUCCGAGAUUGUGCCAGCGACAUUGAAGAAAUCCAACAGGCCCCCAACCAGGCCUAUUGGUGGUGGCCCAGGAGGUGACAGACCACCCAGAGGACCACCCAGGUUCGAAGGUGACAGGCCCCGAUUCAACGACAGGGAAGGUUACAGAAGCGGUGCUCCCCGAGCCCCGGGUUCUGGUUUUGGUGGUGGUGACAAGAGUGGCGCACCAGGAGAGUACAGACCUGAGUUCCGAGGAGGAGGCCCAAGCGGCGGUCGUGGUGGGUUCGGUCGUGGAGGCGGCGGAUUCGGAUCUGGUGGUGCCCCAGGCGCCCCGGGCGCCCCUGCUCUUGAGUAGAGCAUCAGCUAGGCCUGAUGAACAGAGGAAGGUCUAUGUUAGGUUGACACUGGAUUGCGAUGCUCUAGAUGUUGCCAGCAAGAUCGGAAUUAUCUAAACGGUAUUUUAAGAAAGACUUAGGACUUUGUUGUUCACGAAAUUCAAUACACUGCCCAAUAUUUUUUUGGCGAAUUCAAGUACUUCCGUUAUCUUUUCCAGCAGCAUGAGAUGAGAUGGUGAGUCGUCCUCGGGACCACCUAGCGAUGCGUCGAAAUUCUGAGGGAAUGUGAAAUCUUGACUCGCUGGAAACAGGCCUGGAGUGCAUUGCACUUUGUACAGCCUAGUAGAAGACUUGCGCAAGGGUAGUUUUUUUCUGAGUGGAUCACGCUGUCACGGCUGUGCGUAGUUUCUUUUGGGAUGAGACGCGAGAAUGCCCCUGUAAUUUAAAC